GUGAGGCAACCUUAGUAGAGAGGUAGAAGCAGGAGGGAAGGGAGAGAGAAGGAAGGGAGUGAGAGGCAUGUUCUUGGGAUGGGACGACUGGGGAAGAGGGAGAGAAGCAACGAGAGGAGAGAAAAGGGUGAAGACAAAAAGAAAGAAAUAAAGGAGAGCUUCCAGGGAUCCUCGAGCCUUGGCAUUUGAGUCGAGGGACAUAUGUGGGAGUAAAGGGGACGGGGACGUAGUGAGCGUGUUCGAUUGAAAAAUAAAAAAAAAAACAGAGAGAAAAAGUAAAGUAGGGAACCUAAGUGUGCGUAAGGAAGGUUGGGUGUUUGUAAGUAAAAGCGUGUGUGAAACAAAGAAGAGCAGUGAGAGGGGGGGCGGAAAAAUGAGGGAGUCCACAUGCGACUGCAGCAGGCUGAGUUGGAGAGAGAGGUGUUUUUAAAGUGCGUAUAGAAAAGGAGGGAGGGCAGCAAGAGCAUGCAGAGUGUAUCCUUCCGUCCGUCCCUGUAGCAGGGCUGAACGAGAGCCAGGAAAAAGGGGACGGGCCUCCCGGUCCUUUCCAGCUGACAAAAACAGCUGCCCAGGAGCCUGGCGCUGGAGCCUGUUUAAAGGACAGAGAGGAAGAGAGGACAGAAGGAGAGAGUGGAGGAGAAGAGAGGUCCAAAGUCCAGGACCCGUCCACCUAUAUGGGUUGCGUCCUGAGUUCGGACUGGUGUGGGGAGGAAGAGGUGCAACCUGUGCCGGUGGUCAGACGCUCGUCUCUGAAGAGAAGGAGUCUGGAGAGGAGCGAGAGUGGCAGGAUGAGGCUGACAAAGGGGGGGAAGGGAGAGCCCCACGUCUUCAAGGAAAAGACCUUUAAGAAGAAGCGGCAGUGCAGCGUGUGCCGUCAGAACAUCGACAACGUUGGCUCCUUCUGCAGAGUAUGCAAGACAGCCACCCACAGGAAGUGUGAGGCCAAGGUGACCUCGGCAUGCAUCCAAGCUCCCUCAAACGAUCUGCAGCGUAGAGGGACCGGCCCUUCUCGACACAUCCAGAACCUGGGCUCGACCAAGUCUCUGACCUACACCAAACAGAGAAACACCCUGCCAAGGAGCUUCAGUGUGGACCGUGUGAUGGAGAGAGUGAUGGAGCGCCACUACGACUUCGACCUGACCUACAUCACCGAGAGGAUCAUCUCCGUUUUCUUCCCCCCAAAGCUGGAGGAGCAGAGAUACCGUCUAAACCUAAAGGAGGUGGCUGCCAUGCUCAAGUCCAAACACCAGGACAAGUUUCUGCUCCUGAACCUCUCUGAGCGACGCCACGAUAUCACCCGACUAAAUACAAAGGUUCAUGACUUUGGCUGGCCCGACCUCCACGCCCCACCGCUGGAUAAGAUCUGUGCCAUAUGUAAGGCCAUGGAGACGUGGCUGACCUCUGACCCCCAGCACGUGGUGGUCCUUCACUGCAAGGGCAACAAAGGCAAAACAGGCGUGAUUAUUGCAGCCUACAUGCACUACAGCAAGAUCUCCGCAGGGGCGGACCAGGCUCUCAGUACUCUCGCCAUGAGGAAGUUCUGUGAAGAUAAGGUGUCCUCUUCCCUCCAGCCGUCCCAAAACAGGUAUAUCUAUUACUUUGGGGGCCUUCUAUCCGGGGCCAUCAAGAUGAACAGCAGCCCUCUCUUCCUCCACCAAGUUCUCAUCCCGUCACUCCCCAACUUCCAGGGUGAAGGAGGUUACUACCCCUUCUUGAAGAUCUACCAGUCCAUGCAGUUGGUCUACACUUCAGGCAUAUAUAACCUUCAGGGCACUGGAGGCAGGCGCCUGUGUGUGACCAUCGAACCGGCACUGCUGCUAAAGGGUGACAUCAUGGUCAAAUGCUACCACAGGCGAGCCCAGACUGCUGACAGAGACACUGUGUUCAGGUUGCAGUUCCACACCUGCACCAUCCACGGAUCCCAGCUCUGGUUUGGCAAAGGGGAGUUGGAUGAAGCGUGUACCGAUGAGCGUUUUCCAUCUGAUGCCACGGUUGAGUUUGUCUUCUCCUCCGGACCUGAGAAAAUGAAAGGCCGUGAGUACCAGAAGAACGACCCCGCUGUCACUGUCGACUACAACACUGGUGACCCAGUGGUUCGCUGGGAUUCCUAUGAGAACUUUAAUCAGCAAUACCAGGACAGCCUGGAGGUAGAUAUUGCCCACACCAGAGGUCCUCUAGAUGGCAGUCUCUACGCUCAGAUAAAGAAGCGCCGAGGUCCCGGCUCUGGUUCUCUCACCUCAACCAAUGGCAGCAGUCCAGCGGCAGGCCUUGAAGAAGAUAGGCCAGAUCAUUUCAUCCCUCAAGGUUCUGACUCUGCCCUCUCAGCCCAUUCCGUCCAUUUGAGCCAAUCAUCUGUCCAUCCUGAGCGCCGGGAAGAGCCCAUUCGCCCGUCUCCAACCAGACAGGAGAGAGAGGAGCUUGACCGUCUGCUCGGAGGCAUAGAGGGAAACCGGGAUGGAGAGCGAGAGACCGCCAUCUUGGAUGAUGGAGAUUCUCUGCCCUCUGAGAGAACUGGGACGCUGAGGCUCAGUCGGUCCUGUUCCUGCCGGGAUGGUUACCGGUCCCAGCGCUGUGCCGAGCCUGGCUGUGACCGCACCCUCCUCAUGCCUAAUGGUUACUGCCUCGACAGGGCUCCCGGCACCAACGGGCACCACGGGGCGACCCCUUCUGCCAGCCCCAACACAGCUGCUCCUCCGUCACACAUGGAUCUGUGCCAGCACUACAGCCACCACUCGCACCAGUCCCUUCCACCUCCAGAUCUGGUGUGGGACCGCCAGAGUGGCCCGCCGCACUACCUGCACCGCUCCUGCUCGGAGGCUCCCUCAUCUCGACAUAUCUGCCCAUAUCCAUCACCGGACCUUACCCCUCACUCUCACAGCCACCCGCAUCACCACCCUCUGUCUGCCGCGGGCCGCCUCUGCUGUCGAGAAGACGACUACGGCCCCUAUCACCAUCCUCCUCCACCUCACAGCCACCACCAUCCCCACCCACACCACCCCAAACCCUCCACCAGCCCUACCUACCAUGACAUACUGCUAAUGGAUGGUCUGCCACCCCCUGGUUGCCCUUGCAGAGACUGCAGCAUCAGGAGAGAAGACUCUGUGGCCUAUCACAGCCUGAGGCUGGACCAAGGGGACAGCUUCCCCUGGGACAGAGAGGCGGAACUUCAGCAGAGGGAGGUGGGGCUUCGCAGAGCCAGGGAAGCAGAGGUACCCAGAGGGACUGAGCUCCACUGGGAGAGGGAUCCUGGGCUGAGACGAGGCAGAGAGUUGUCUCUCCACUGGGAGAGAGACAGGGAGGCCGAGCUGCAGUGGGAGAGGGACAGAGAGGCGGAAUAUUGGCACCGUAGGGCCACCGUAGCCUCCUAUGGCCCACAGGGUCACGACCUUCCAGCCUUCACGUUUGACCCCUUGCCGUCGGGUCACCCGGCUUAUCCAGAGGCAUCCAGGUCCCACGCUCAUUCCCACCUGGACCUGAAGUACAGCAGCAGCAGCAGUGGUUACCAAACGCCACGUCAGGUGUAUCCCUGCUCGCCAUACCAGCCCUCGCCAUCCGAAAGCAGGGGCUACGCCUCGGGCUACCAGUCUGAGUCCACGUCCCCGCUGCCCCCGGCUUCCUCCAUGACAGGGCCCUGCAGCCAAACCAACGGGCCAGCAGAGCAUCACCAUAACCACCACCAUCACCAUCCAGACUCCCAUCGGUCAUACGGCUCUGACUCACACACGGAUGGCCUUCGGAGCUCUGGUGAAAGUGUGGGCUGGAGGGAUCACAUUACCCACGGUUCCUUUAAGAGGGUCCACAGAGACGGCCAUGCUGCGUGCUCCACGCCAUCUGACAUGUCUGGACCGUCCACUCCUGUCCACACCAGCAGUCCUCUACGCACACAGGAAAGCCCCAGUCCAGGAGGGAGAGACUAUGAGAUCCGGACCACAGACAUCAUCAGCAGUGACUACGAGGCUCCCCAGCACCAGGACGGACACUACCGUGCUGACAUCAUCGCCCAGGAAUCCCUGGAAAACCAAAGAAGCAGCACAGAGCCGCCAUCCGUGCCGCAGGCGGCCAACGUCACGCAAUCACACACAUCCACACCUGUGCAAACAGAACCCCACAACCACUGCACUGCACCAACAGACCCGUCCCCUACUACUCCCCAACAGCAGCACUGUAGCCCAAAUACACCGUCAGUUUCGGCAACACAGAACACUUCUGCUGUUGAUUCUGCUACACCAACCACAUCCAACCAGGGAAUCCUUCAGGCUCCUUCAUCCCCUAUCCGUGAUUCGUCUGCGCCGGACACACGCUCCCACCCUGGCCCUCCCACUCUCCAGACCCCCCAUCCUUCGGAGGCUGCUGCUCUGCCUUCCACUGCGGCACAGGCAGUGCCUCAACCUCAGAGCCAAACCCAAACCCAUGCCGGCGGAUUGACAAGACCAACCCCAACACAUGUCACGGGAUCUUCUCCCACCAGGGAACUUCACCCAGAAACCGCAAAACCUAUGAUCACCCCCACCCCCAACGCCACAUCUGCCCCUGCAUCUCCCACUCCAGCUUCAUCAUUAUCCCCCCAGCCGGCCUCCGGUAGUAUGGAGGGCUCCCCAGUCUCUGAUGCCCCAGUUCCUGGGUUCGCCACUUUGGGUAGGCGGCUGAUGUUGAGUGGGUCGGACCCCCACCCUCCGAACCACAUCCAGCAGCACGGAUCUCCGCACCACCACUACCCAGGCAUGGAACACAGCGCUGCGGGACACACUUCUGCUCUGGACACUAACAAGAGGCCCUGCUACUCCGCUCACGCUCCUCAGCUCUAUCCAUCCCCCUACUCCAACUAUUCCACCAUCUCCAUCCCCCUUCCUCACCCCCAGCCGCCUUUGCCAGAGAAGCGCCACCCGCCCGUCCAGUCAGGGUCGCCCAGCGAUGGGGUGAGAACUCUGAGGACAGCCGCGGGCCAUGUGCCUCCCUCCAGCACCGGCAUAGCUCAGCAUCAGCUCCAUGUCACGUUCUCUCCCACCGUGGGGGAAAUUGAACCACCUGCAGGCAAAAAUGACGGAGUGGCGCCUGUGGAGAUUGAGAAUGCGAAUAGUGUCAGUGUGAAGUUUGUCCAGGACAGUUCACGGUUCUGGUACAAGCCUGGCAUUUCCAGAGAGCAAGCAAUUGCUGCUCUGAAGGAGAGAGAGGCAGGGACCUUCCUGAUCAGAGACAGUAACUCUUUCCAGGGGGCCUAUGGCCUGGCCCUGAAGGUGGCUACACCUCCUCCCAAUGUCAACAACCACAGCAGCAAGGUGAGCGACCCUCUGGAACAGCUGGUCAGACACUUCCUAAUAGAAACAGGCCCCCGGGGAGUCAAGAUUAAAGGGUGUCAGAAUGAGCCCUACUUUGGGAGUCUGUCUGCAUUAGUCUACCAGCACUCCAUCAUGCCCAUCUCUUUGCCCUGCGCUCUUAAGAUCCCAGAAAAAGAUCUGAUAGGAGAGGUGCCGGAGGUUCAACCAGUGAAUAACAUCAGCACGGCUGCUGACCUGCUGAAACAAGGAGCAGCCUGCAAUGUCCUCUACCUGAACUCGGUGGAAACAGAGUCUCUAACCGGCCCCCAGGCCAUCGCCAAGGCAACAGAUGCUUCCUUGGGUCGUAACCCGCGCCCUGCUGCCACUGUGGUCCAGUUCAAGGUGACAUCACAGGGCAUCACGUUGACUGACAGCCAGCGCAGGGUUUUCUUCAGAAGACAUUACCCGGUGAACAGCGUAACGUUCAGCAGCAUCGACCCUAAGGACAGGAGGUGGACUAACUCAGACAACACCGCUGUUAAGGUGUUUGGUUUCGUAGCCAAGAAGCCGGGCAGCUUGGCGGAGAACGUUUGCCACCUGUUUGCCGAGUUGGACCCCGAACAACCUGCCUCUGCCAUCGUCAACUUCAUCAACAAGGUCAUGUUGUCACAGCGCCGAUAGAGGGAGACGCAGAGAGGAAACCGAAACAAAACAGUGGCAUGCAGCAUAUAGAACUGACAAGGUUUAACUGUACGGUAAUGGCCCAGUGCCAGUGCCACGACACUAAUGCUAUCUUGGUCCAUCAGUUGGUGUAAAGACGUUUUGAAGGCAGUUGAAAGUCUUAGUCCAUGAUCCCUACUGAUGGUUGUUCAUGUGUUCAUUUUCCACUCUGCCUGCUCUUGAACAUCCCUUUCCUGAAGGGUCGAUUCACAAUAUAACACUCCAUUUACAUUUUACAACAUAGUAAAGUAUUAUUGGAUGAAAAGAAACAAAACACAGAGUUCAAACAAAGCCAUGAUGUCUAGUGUAACAGCUCCUCCCCAGACAGAGAGGCUUCAGAGGAAACUUGCGCAAUCCACAGCGACUUUCCAAGAACAAAACGAUUGUCUCCAUCUACCCCGUGGGCCUGUGUCAUGAGCAAUGAUUAGUGGGUUGUCCACGUUAUCUUUAAAUCAUAACUCCGGUUUUCUGGUAUCAUGAAGCUGGCUCACUUUUGACCAGGGUAGAGCCCCAUGGUAAAUCAAAACUUUAUUUAUCCCGGUAAGCCAACUGAGCAUUGCUCAAGGGCAAUCAGGACUCUUAGUAGUUUACAACAACAACAGACUGAUAAAUGUCAACUAUAGACGCAUAUUCAUUGAGCACACCAAAGCUCACUAAGUUAUGAAUUCAACAUUCUGGUGAGAUAGAUCCUAUCACGCAUUAGUUGCUCUUCUUUUAGAUCUUUUCUGCACAUAUUCUGUACUUUACUUUUAAAUAUCACUUACUCGCAAUGCAUUGCUCGUGAUGAGACAAAAGCGCACCAUCAUUUGACUAUGUCAAAUUAAAAUAUUAUCAGUUUAAUUUCUGUACUCGUGCUUGACUGCACGACAGUCCUACUGUAUCUAACAAUUCCCACACUAGUAAUAGCCGUAGUGUCACUUUUAAUCUUUGAUGUGCGUGUGAAUAUAUUUAGUCUUAUCAGUGGUGGUAAACCAAAUACCCGGCCCAAUUACCGUGUGGGUAUUUCCAUUUCAUUUUAUGUCAUAUUAAAAGGCCCUAAAAACACAUGUUCUGAAUCAGCUUCGGACUGAGUAAUGGGGAUCACACAGGAACAUAAAAGUUUAGGGUAUUUCUGUCUUUCUCACCAAUUUCGAAAUGGGCAACAGUUGGUGGAUUAUAUGGUUGCCGGGAAUUCAAUCUGACCGAACCACACUCACACAUGUAGACCAGAGUUUAAACUCUUAAUACAGAAUACCUAAAGACUGCUGCUCUUGUCUUGAAUAUUUAUUGGUACAGAGAAAUACUCGUGAAUUUGAAGCAAAGUUUCCAGGGGCUUCAAGUCCUCGACCCAUGGUUCUGAUUAUGUAACAGCUUCAUAAUACCAGGUAUCUCUGUGAAACAGGCCCCUCGAUGAAUCCAACUUUUCAUCAUCUGUGUCAGACUGGUUGUCAGUGUAGCAAUGGUAGAAGUGCUAAAAGCUGCUUUAGAGCUGUAGUGUUAACGUUUUUUUAUAUUAAUGAACGUCCGUUACAUUCAAACCAU